AUGGCGAACAAGCUGAUAAGUGAAAUGGGUCUGCAAAUCGAUUGGGAAUAUAUCCGCUGCUCGGGAUAUAAAUACUGCAAAGGUGUAGGGUUUUGCAAACCCUGUGUGGAUGGCCUCAGGCUAGCUCUUUCUGAAGGAAUCUUUUCUGAACUGCAAAAAUGGAACAGCACCUUGUCCCAGAUUCAAGCUGUGAUUGUUGAUGCAGGUCAGAAGCAUCUAAGAGAGAUAGCUGUUCAGUUAUGGCUGAACAAACUCCAGUAUUUGGCUUACGAGAUAGACGAUGUGCUAGAUGAUUUGACCACUGAAGCUAUGCAACGCCAGUUGAAAGAAGAAUCUUAUGCCUGCACCAGUGCUAGUAAGUUAUCGAAGAUCAUUCCAGCUUGGUGUACUAAUUUCGCUCCUCGUAACAUUGUGUAUGGUCGUAAAAUGAGUUCUAAACUCGAUGAGAUUACAACCAAAUUGCGUCAUCUUGUAGAGGAGAAAAAUAUUCUGGGUUUGAAUAGUAACGUUGAAAGGUCAAAUAGAGCAAGUAGACGAUUGGAGGAAACUUCGUUGGUUGAUGUGUCCGGAAUUGUAGGUCGGGAGGGGGAUAAAGAUGCAUUGCUCAGGAAUUUGUUGGGGAACGACUCGUGUAGUGAAAAUGUCAGCAUCUUGUCCAUAGUCGGCCUAGGAGGGAUAGGGAAAACCACUCUUGCCCAAGUUUUGUACAAAGAAAAGAAAGUAAAGGAUCACUUUGAACUCAUGGCAUGGGUUUCGGUUUCUGACGAGUUCGAUGUAUUUAAUAUUAGCAAGGCUAUUCUUCAAGCUGUAGGCGGGGAGGAUAAAAUGUUUGCUAAUCUAAACCUGCUACAAGUGGCCCUUACAGAAAAACUUUUAAAGAAAAGGUUCCUACUUGUUCUAGACGAUGUUUGGAACGAAGACUACAAGGAGUGGGAACUCCUCCAACGCCCUUUUCUUGCAGGGGCGUUUGGGAGUAAAAUUAUUGUGACAACUCGGAAGACCACAGUUGCAUCAAUGAUGGACUCUGUUCAAGCUUACCCUCUGAAGCUUUUGUCAAAUGAAGAAGCUCUAUCUUUAUUUUCUCAACAUGCUUUGGGUAAACAAAACUUUGAUUCACAUCCAACACUUAAAUUGCAUGGUGAAGGGAUCAUGAAGAAAUGUGGUGGAUUGCCUUUGGCUUUGAUAGCAGUUGGGAGGGUGUUGAGAACAAAACAAAAUGAUGAAGAAUGGGAGGAGUUGUUGAAUAGUGAGAUAUGGAAUUUCCAGAGUGAAAGUAAGAUUCUUCCGGCUCUAAGAUUAAGCUACUAUGAUCUCCCUCCCCAUUUGAAGCAGAUGUUUGCUUAUUGCUCCUUAUUCCCCAAGGAUUACGUGUUUCAAAAUGAUGAACUAGUCCUUCUAUGGAUGGCAGAAGGGUUUUUAUAUGAGUCAAAAGGUAGCAAGUCAAUGGAGAAUUUAGGUCGCGAGUGUUUUGAGGAGCUAAAAUCAAGGUCGUUUUUUCAGCCUUCAAGUAAUGAUAAAUCCAGAUGUACAAUGCAUGACCUGAUAAAUGACUUGGCCAUGAGUAUUGCAAGAGAGUUUUUCUUUACGUUGGAUGAUAAGAUGAAUGUGUACGACAAGAUUGGAGCUUUGGAGAAGUUCCACCACCUUUCAUUUAUUCGUCAAGAAUAUGGAGUAUAUAGAAAGUUCAAGGCAUUAGAAAGAGCUAGUCGCUUGCGAUCUUUCUUAGCAGUGUCAGUAACGUUAGAUGCUUGGCAAAGUUUCUCCUUAUCGAACAAGGUUCUUUUCGAGCUACUUCCCCAACUACGGUUCUUAAGGGUGCUAAGCCUAACCAAUUAUUCAAUCACAGAGGUACCACAAUCCAUUGGUAGUCUCAAGCAUAUGCGGUACCUCAAUUUUUCCAAAACGAACAUCACAUGUUUACCGGAACAAGUGGGUGACCUUUAUAAUCUACAGAGCUUGUUGGUUUCCGGUUGCGUUUCGUUAUCUAGCUUGCCAGAGAGCUGUUGGAAGUUAAUAAACCUGCGACAUCUUGACAUCAAUGAUACUCCAAGAUUGACCAAGAUGCCCUUUGGGAUUGGUGGCUUGACGAGUCUACAAACUCUAUCCAAAGUCAUUAUUGCAGGAGCUAAUGGGUUUAAGAUAUCUGAUCUUAAGGGCCUAUCGCAUCUUCAAGGUCAGCUUUCGAUUAAGGGGCUGCAAAAAGUCCCAAAUGCAAUACAGGCAAAAGAGGCCAAUUUGCUGCAAAAGAAGGGUCUUUGUGAUUUGGAGACGGAAUGGAGUGAUGUCCUUGAUGAUUCUCGGAAUGAAAUAAAUGACUAUGAAGUACUCGAAGUACUAAGGCCUCAUGAUAAGCUGAAAAGCCUGAAGAUUUUGUACUACAUGGGAAUGGAAUUUCCUAGCUGGGUUGGGGAUGCCUCAUUUGGUUGCUUAACCCAGCUUACACUACGUGGCUGUAAAAGUUGUACAUGUUUACCAACACUUGGACAUUUACGGUCACUUCAGAAGUUGUUUAUUGAAAGCAUGAGUGGAUUGAAGAGACUGGGUUCGGAGUUACUUGGACAUGCUGAUUCUUUUUGCCAUGGAAUUGCAUUUCCAUCGCUUGAACUUUUGGAAUUUAAAGACAUGCAAGGCUGGGAGAUAUGGUCAACUAAUGACGGUGGGAAAGAUGGUACUGGUGGAUCGUUUCCUUGCCUUCGUAAGAUUUGUAUUAGAAAUUGUCCAAAACUAGCUGUAGUGGCAAUUGAAUCAAUACCGUCACUUCAGGUUUUAUAUAUACGAGGAUGUUCUGUAGCGGUAUUAAGAAGCAUGGUUGGUGUGUCUCCAUCAAUUCUUAGGUUGACAAUGGUGAAUGUUGAAGGGCUUACUCAACUACAUGGAAUUUUAGAACAUCUUAGGGCAGUUGAAUAUCUAUGCGUUAGAGAGUGUGAUGAACUUAGAUACUUGUGGGAAUCAACAUCGGAUGCAUGCAAGAUUCUUGUGAAUUUAUAUGAUUUGAAAUUAGUAUCCUGUCAACAAUUGGUAUCAUUGGGAGAGAAAGAGGUUGAUUUGGGGAUUAGCUUGAAGUCUGUUAAUGUCGUUCUUUACGAUUGUCCUGGACUGGUAAGUUACAAUUGUCCAAACAGUAUUGAGAAGUUGGUGAUACACGAUUGUGAUUCAGCUACAUCCUUGACCUUCCCAGCAAGGCAUGACCUCCCUUCCACUAUGAAGAUUCUUGACAUUAUGUCAUCUCACAAUUUGGAGAACUGA